AUCAAAACUCAUGUUUUUCUCCUUGAGCUGGAUUCGCAACCGAGUCUGGACGGACCAGAGAGAGUUACGCGAUUCACUGUUGCUGGUCGCGACGUAACGGCAGACCACCAAGGGAAUACUAAGAGUUGUAAUGGGGCCUGAUUUGGAUCUAUUUGAUGAAUUUUUACCUGGGUCUUCUGCAAAGAAUGCGGGGGGUGGCAGGAAGUUUCAGCCUAAGGCUAAACCAAGGAAAGCUCCAUUAGUAAAAUCUUCUGUGAAUUCAUUUGAUAAAGUGAAGAAAGUAGUAACUGAUGAUUCUGUAAAUAAGUCAUUGGAUCAUUCUGUUGCUGGAGAGAUUGUAGAAGUUAAUGCUAGCUUGAAUAACUCCGAAAACCUUACUGUUAGUGAAGGAGUGAAUGUAGAUACUUAUUUUGGUUUGGAAUCUCUUGAAGAUUUUUGUUUACAACCCACAACAGCAGCAGAUAUUGAUGUAAAUGAUUCAAAACAACCAUCAAUGACAACUUUGUCAGGAGAACAAAAAUUGUCUGAAGUUGAUGAGGCUCAAGAUUUGUCUGGUGCUGGUUUUGAGUUUUCUGACAUAACAAUGGGGGUAAAGGAAGAUAAUAGUGUUCCUUUCUUGGAGAUAUCAGAUGAUAUGUUUGGGUUAUCAACUAGUCCCGAGUUGCGAACUGGCAAAUUUGAACCUGAGCCUAACGUUCCUCAUUCCUCUGGAAAAUCUGAUGCCAAAGAUUCUUUUUCUGAUCGAGUUGAGUCUGCUUCACAUAUGCAGGAGCCUCCAUCAGCUGUUUCACCUGAUGAAUUCAUACUUGAUGAGUUCUCUUAUGCAUUUCCAGAAAGUAAUGCUGAGUUCGAACCCUAUCCGUCUUUGGAUUCUACUUUUGAAUUACCAGGGAAUAAUGAUAUAUUGAAUGAGGAGACAGCUCCUCCUGUGGAGAUUUCUCAAGAAGACAUUUCUUUCUCUGCAAUGGACGCAUCGGCUUCAAAGGUUGCUACAGAAGGAGAUGAGAGAAUUGAAACAGAAGAAGCUGAUAAUAACGAUCAAGAUAGAGUUUCUGAUAAACAUAAGAAAAAGCCACCUGCAAAAUCCAAGAAAUCCGUUUCUCAAAAAGGAAAAUCUGCUUCGAAGCGGAAAAGGGAUGAUGAAAAUCCAGAUCAGCCAACUAAGAAAUCUCCGAAAAGGUUUCCUCGCGCAACACGUCGACCCAAAAGACAAGUGAACAAGGCUUUACUUGAAACACCAGAAGAUGAGCUUGACCUCCAACAAAUAUCUAUUAGAGACAUAAUAUUGCUUGCUGAGCAUAGGGAAAAAAUAGAGAAAGAUGGGAAGAAGGCGGCAAAAUCACAAUCAACCAACCCAAGUGCUAGUAACUCUAACCCUCAAGACAUGCGAAAUGAAAAUGCAUCGGAACAAGCUGGAUUUAAUGAUGAAGAAACAGACCCCCCUGUCCAAGAUGGCACUUUUUAUACCAACUAUCAUUCUUACAUGGAAAGGACACCUAGACUAAGAUGGUCAAAGCAAGAUACUGAACUAUUCUAUCAGGGUGUUAGACAAUUUGGGUCAGAUCUAUCAUUCAUACAACAACUUUUCCCUGGUCGAUCACGAACCCAAAUUAAGUUGAAAUAUAAGAAAGAAGAACGCCAAAAUCCUAUGAUGCUCGACGAUGCUUUAACGGGUCGGGCAAAAGACAAUUCCCACUUCGAACAAUUGAUUAAGCUCUUGAAAACGUCCCAGGAUGAUUCAGCUGACUUCACAAACAAUGAGGACUUGUGUGGUCCUGAUAUUAGUGGGGUAGAAACAGAAAAAUCUGAAAAGGUUGUUGAAAAAACCGAGCCAGAAGAAGAGGUUGUUGAAAAAGUUGAGCCCGAGAAGGAAGAGGAGGUUGAAAAAGCUAUGGAACAGGAUGAAACUGAGAUUAGGAGUAGUCCAGCUAAGUAUGACAACGAAGAUGAAGAUGAUGAUAUGGAUUAUGGUAACUAUAGUACUUAUGAUCUUUAAGAUGAUGAUAACUAUAGCUCAAUUUCACAUAUGAAAGAAAGUUUUCUCAUUGAUUCAAUCAUUUAACUGUAAAACAUCUUUUUGACCAAUUAUAGUUUUAGUUGGCUUUAUUAUAAAUUACUCUUAACUUGGAGUUUUUCUUUUAAUAUAAGUUUUAUGCAUUGAUU